CCACCAAUGGAUAACGAAUCGAACAAGGAAAUUUUCAUCGUGAGCAAGGACGGCAUAGACCAGCAUGCCCACAUCUUGGAGCGCCGAGCACAGGAGGUGUACGUGCAUUAUGUAAAUAUGGACAAGAGGCUCGACGAAUGGAUACCCACGAGCGCCGUGCGA